CAGCCACUGACCCGAGAUCCAGCGCGUCCGCACCAUGGCCGGCCCCAACCUCGCCUGCUGCCUGCUCGGCCUCCUGGCGCUGACGUCCGCCUGCUACAUCCAGAACUGCCCCCUGGGCGGCAAGAGGGCCGUUCUGGACCAGGACGUACGCCAGUGUCUCCCCUGCGGCCCCGGGGGCAAAGGGCGCUGCUUCGGGCCCAGCAUCUGCUGCGGGGACGAGCUGGGGUGCUUGGUGGGCACGGCCGAGGCGCUGCGCUGCCAGGCGGAAAACUACCUGCCGUCGCCCUGCAUGUCCGGCCAGAAGCCGUGCGGGAGCGGUGGCCGCUGCGCCGCCCCCGGCAUCUGCUGCAGCGCAGACACCUGCCGCGACGACCUCGCUUGUGAAUCCGAGGUCUCCUUCUCCCAGCUCUGAGCCCCGAUAACUCCGGGCACCCUCGGAACGCACCCCUAGCUCCCCCAGAGCCACCUCCGGAAAUAAUGAAAACAA